AUGGAGGUAGCUGGAGUUGUGGCGGCUGGCGUUACCUUUGGCGCACUCACACUAAAACUCAGCCAAUCACUGUUCAAGUCAGCCAAAAAGAUCAAAUACGCACGUCGCGAGCUCAUGAAGCUUGCGUUAGCUGACGACUCAAGGUACUCGAUGCUUAAGACUCUGACAGCUCACGUAAAGUGGCUCUUCAACGAGAACGAAGUGAAAUACUUGCGUUCAUCCCUUAGUGUAGCGCAAGAGGGUAUGAGAGGAUUUUCAAACAUCACAGCCAUCGAUAAUAUCAAAGAGGAGAUACGAAUGAUAAACGCUGUGAUUGCCCGAGGAGACCGACAGGCCAUUCAAGCUUUGGAAGAUCACUUCGGCGCCACCUUGGAAGAGACGGUAGACGAGCUAAAGCAGACAAGGCUAGUACUUCCAAUCGAAGGAGAUGGUCUUCGAAGCUGA